AUGUCGAACAACACCUACGUGAUGUCCGGCUCGCCUGCCAAGAACAGUCGGCGUAGAACCGGCGAACCGUAUGCUCCUCGCAUCAUCACCACCAUCGGCCAAAGACCUGCUUGUCUCGUCAAUGCCUCCGUCACCUACGUAGGCAAUGACUUGAUCUACGCCUUUGGCGGCUUCGAUCAGUACACCGAUGAAGUCUACAAUCAUGUUCUUAAGCUGAACCUGAAAGAAAGACGUUGGAAUCUGGUCGACAACUAUGGUGACAUUCCUGGGGUGAGGAUGGGCCACACGGCGUGCUUGUGGCAGGGAGACAAGCUGUUGGUGUAUGGCGGAGAGAACGAGCACCGCAUUCACCUCUCCGAUGUGGUCAUCUUCGAUAUUGCGAAUGCCACAUGGACUUCGCCAGACAUCAACGGACCCAUCCCACGAGGGAGAGCAAGGCAUUCGGCUGUGAUACACGACGACAAGCUGUUUGUGUGUGGUGGUAUGACUGGCCAGGAGAAUGCUGUGCUGGACGACAUCUGCUUUCUCGACCUCAAGACCUGGACGUGGAGCCGGACCUGGCGCUUCGUGUCUCGAUACGACCACAGCAGCUGGGUGUGGGGUGGGAAGAUUUGGGUAUGCGGAGGUAUGAGCGAGGAAAUGGUCAAGUCGAGCGAGAUCUGGUGGCUAGACUUUAGAGGGACGCCGGCGUUUGAAGGUGGUCCAACCUAUGGCAUGCCUGGGUCGGAUGAGGUCAGGCCCCUGCACAAUUACAGCUACGCUCGAUCACCUACGCCAGCUCUCGGAUCGACAGGUUAUGCUGCCAAUACGUCCAGCGUGCAGUCAAAUCCAGGUAACCAGGCGCAGCGAGUCACACCAGUUGCUCCGGGCGCCAUUAGCUCGGUCAAGUUCUUCUCUUCGCCCAACCUACCAAUCUUCAAUGUCGGGACACAUUUCAAUGUCUUCAGCUCAGGAUGCAUGCUAGACUUUGUCACGCCUGCUACGAAUAUGCCACUCGAUACGUCGCUUUCCGCUCUUGAUCUGGACACUCUCCGCUGGCAGAAGCUAGCAGACGGCAAGGAUCUCUUCCCGCCGACAUACCGCUGGCACUACUGCUGUCUUGAUCCGGAUGGUACGCAAGCAUGGCUGCUCGGAUGUCCAAAGGAGAUUCGUGCCAACGCCAAUGGUGACCCUGAAGAGUACUUGAGCGACGUUCUGCCCAUCGAUCUGAGGAAGUUUGGUUUACUCGGAAACAAGCUGAGCCAAGAAGCCCGUAACGAGGGCCGCAUUCCCACGUCGGACACCUACACUUCUUCCCAUCUCUCUGCUAUCGGUGCAGACCUUGCACGUACCUUCAACCAACUACCAGAGUCUGGCUCCGGCACCGACUUCACCGUCACCGCGCUCCGCGAUGAAGACUACGAGAUGGAGUCGCCGACCGCCACCUCAUCACCUACACCAUCAAACACCAGCCAACCGAUUCACGUCCACCGUCUUAUCCUCUCCGCCCGCUGGCCCCACUUCGCUCGCCUCUACAACUCUCAAAUGCAAGAAUUCCACACCCGCCGCAUGCACAUCCCCGAACCCUACCCCGCGGUGAAAGCUUUCCUCUACUACCUCUACACCGACUCAAUCUCCGCUCCACCCUCCGAACACACCUCUCCCGCUCUCUCAUCACCUCACUCUCCAACCGACGACAGCCCCACCCUCGAAGACGUCGCCGACAUGCUCGUCAUGAGCAACAUCUACGACAUGCCGCGCCUCCGCCACCUCUGCGUCAACCGCCUCGUCCGCGAUCUCGACGUCCAGCACGCAGCGCUCAUCUUCGACCGCGCCUCCACGGCACAAGAAGAAUGGCUCAAGCGCAGAGCAGCGAGCUUCAUCAUGACGCACUGGGGUCGCGUCGCGCGCACGGAUGGGUUUAUGAGGCUGAAGCAGGGCGCGUGGGUUGAGCUAGCGCAGUCAGUGGAUAUGGAGGGGCGGAUGGUUAGUGGGGAUGAGCUGGAAGCGGUGGGUGGGUUGGGUGGUGCGAGGCUGGGGAGUUCUAUGGGAAUGGGGCUUUGGGGGGCGGGGAGGAAGAGGGGAAGGGUGGGGAGUGCGAGUGUGGUUGCUGAUGGGGAGGGAGAUGAGGGGGUUGAUGAAGGGGUGGAGGGAGAAGAGGGGGAGGACGGGGAUGAGGGGAUGGAGAUUAGUUAG